GCCUACCACAAGCUCACCAGUACCAGAAUAAUGUCAGUACAAAUUUUUGGAGAUCAAGCCAGUGAAGAGAGAGCCGAAAACGCUCGUUUAUCGUCCUUCAUUGGUGCCAUUGCCGUGGGAGACCUCGUGAAGUCCACCUUGGGACCGAAAGGAAUGGAUAAGUUAUUGCAGAGUGCUUCUGAUAUGAAUAAAUCAAUGAUCACUAAUGAUGGUGCCACUAUUUUGAAGUCCAUCCCGUUGGAUAAUCCUGCUGCCAAAGUAUUGGUCAACAUUUCUAAGGUGCAAGAUGACGAAGUUGGAGAUGGAACCACGUCUGUGACCGUAUUGGCAGCCGAAUUGUUAAGAGAGGCCGAGUUUUUGAUCAACAAGAAGAUCCAUCCUCAAACCAUCAUCGAAGGUUACAGAAUCGCCAGUCAGGUGGCUAUAGACGCCUUGACCAAGACAGCUGUGGACAAUGGUAAGGAUGAAGCUUUGUUCAGAAAAGAUUUGAUCAACAUCGCCAAAACCACCUUAUCUUCGAAGAUUUUGUCCCAAGACAAAGAACAUUUCGCUAAAUUGGCCGUCGAUGCUGUGUUAAGAUUGAAGGGAUCCACCAACCUUAAUAAUAUUCAAAUCAUCAAGAUUCCCGGUGGUAAAUUGGCCGAUUCAUUUUUGGACGAAGGGUUUAUCUUGGAAAAGAAGUUUGGAAUAAAUCAACCAAAGAAGAUCGAAGACGUGAAUAUCUUGAUCGCCAACACAUCCAUGGAUACUGAUAAGGUGAAGAUCUUUGGUGCCAAAUUCAAAGUCGAUUCCACGUCUAAAUUGGCUGAUUUGGAGAAGGCUGAAAAGUUGAAGAUGAAGACCAAGGUUGAGAAGAUCAAAAAGUAUAACGCUCAGUGCUUCAUCAACAGACAAUUGAUCUAUGAUUACCCUGAGCAACUAUUCACAGACGCCAAAAUCAACUCCAUCGAACACGCUGACUUCGACGGGAUUGAAAGAUUGGCUUUAGUCACCGGGGGAGAGGUUGUGUCGACUUUCGACAACGCUGCUGGUGCCAAGUUGGGAUACUGUAAAACCAUCGAAGAAAUCAUCAUUGGAGAGUCGUCCAUGUUGAAGUUCUCUGGGGUUAAGGCCGGAGAAGCUUGUACGGUUGUGUUAAGAGGUGCUACCGAUCAGGGCUUGGAAGAAGCUGAGAGAUCAUUACAUGAUGCGUUGUCGGUGUUAUCGCAAACCACCAGAGAACCCAAGACGUGUUUGGGAGGAGGAUGUUCUGAGAUGAUCAUGUCCAAGGCCGUGGACCAGAUUGCUGCCAAUGAGACGGGUAAAAAAGCGUUGGCCAUCGAAUCGUUUGCCAAAGCCUUGCGUCAAUUACCCACGAUUUUGGCUGAUAAUGCCGGAUUUGACUCGUCUGAGUUGGUGACCAAGUUACGGUCGGCCAUCUACAACGGCAUCACCACUUCUGGGUUGGACUUGAAUAACGGAGUGGUGACUGAUAUGAGAGAAUUGGGGGUUGUUGAGUCGUUCAAGUUGAAACGCGCAGUGGUGUCGUCUGCGUCGGAAGCGGCUGAAGUUCUAUUGAGGGUCGACAACAUUUUGAAGGCCAAGCCUAGAACCGCCGACAGAAACCAUUGAACCAUUUGUAGAUAGUAAUGCAAACAACUAGUAGGAGUAGACUCCUUCAGGAGUCAUAUCUAUGGACAUCUGGGUCUCAAUUGGCUAAAUGUUAAAAUACGAUUUAGGAAAUUUAUGCUGCUCUUCACCCCCUUCUUCACCCUGCAUCAACCUUGCUAUCCCACUGCCUCGCUGAAAAUUCCAAUUCGCCACAAUGCCAUA